AUGAAUGAUAGUGAAGAAGAUGAGGACGACGAAGAAGAUAGGAAUAAACGAAAAAAAAAGAAGAAAUUUUCCGGAAAAACGUUAAUUAUCCAUGAAGCUGAUAUUGAUGAAGAAGAAGAUGCACCUGAAGAAGAUGAGGAUGAUCAAAUUCCAGAUGAAAUAACUCAACAAUGUUUAUUACCUGAUGUCAAAUCAUCGAAUCUUUGGCCUGUUAAAUGUCGAAUUGGAGAAGAAAACCAAACAGCUUUAUUACUGAUGAGAAAAUAUCUUCCUUUGAAAAAUAAUGAAAAAGCAUUGCAAAUAAAAUCUGUCGUUGUAAAAGAAGGUGAUUGUAGUUAUAUUUAUAUUGAAGCAUUUAAAUCUAAUCAUGUCGAAGCAGCAUGUGAAGAUAUUCGUUCAUUAAAUAUUUCAAAUCUUCAAAUGGUUUCAAUAAAAAAAAUGACUGAUAUACUUCGUGUUGUUAACACAACAUAUGGAAUAAAAAAAGGAUCAUGGAUACGUGUUAAACGUGGAAUUUAUCGAGAUAAUUUAGCUAAAGUUGAACAUUGUAAUGUGAUUCAAAAUAUGGUUACAAUUAAAGUAAUUCCAAGAAUUGAUUAUACAAAAAAAACUUGGAGGAUCAUGUGGAACAUCAAAUGA